AUGGUAGAUAGGGAUAGAUUUGAAAAUAUUAAGGAAAAAUUAAAGGCAGGAAGGAUAACCUUCAAGGAAGUAUGCAUGGGGGCCUUGCGCAAGGACCACAUGGGACAGAAUGACCUGACCAUGCUUCUUCUGACUGCAGAGGAUAUGGCCUUUCCAGAUGGAAUAUAUUUCAUUCGGAAUAUUGAAGAGAUAGAAAACAUGGAAACCUCAGACAUAAAAGCAUCAAAUCAAAAUAUGUACGAAAGAUAUGAAGAACUAAUGAGAGACGCAUAUUCCAAAUAUCUUUACCUUCUUUGCGUAUUUUUGAAGGAGUGUGCUCGGUACCAGUUCACCAUGGAUCCCUUCUGCGAAAGUAUUUUUCUUGAGAAGGGCAUUGGAGUCUGCCAGGAGAUUUUAUUUACUUUAAAAAAAAGAAGCACCCAGCAGGCAAGAAUUGGCUAUAUUCCCUCAGAUAUAUUAUGCCUUUUAGUCAGUAUAAUACGAUCUCACUGCAAGGAAAUGACCCCAGAAUUCCUCAGUGCUGUCCAUGAAAUGAAAAAGCUUGAAACAGAAAUUCUUGAGCUUCUUAGUAUGAAGUCCGUCAUGGUGCCACUCUUCAAGUUGUUCAGCUGCAUUAUACGGUGUGCAGAACAAAAAGGAGAAGAAGUAUUGCAGUCCCUUCUGAAGGCAAUUGAGAAGACAGAAACUUACAAAAAUUCACUAUAUUUUGGCCGUUAUAAAAGUGUUCCAUUCUUGGCCCGUGCACUGCGGGAUGAGAUACGGGCCUGGGGAAUGUCUCUUGUCUCUCCUGCAUACUGCUAUAUUGACCCUGCAUUUCCAUUAUUGGCAGGUGCCUUAGUCGUAAAGCCAGAACCCAUGAAUAUUAGUUCAUCAGAUGACCUCAGUAUGCAUAUAAGCAUGAUCAUACGGGAGAUGGUCAGAUUUACACCGUACAUUGACAUCCGAAUAAACUAUCUGUAUAUUGAUGUGGGUGAUAUAGGAGGGGAAAUUACUGUACAUAAGUGGGAUUAUAUGUGCCAUGUCUUUAAUAUGGACGUAAUAACAUGCGAGAUUAACUUUACAACGCAGAAUAUCUAUGAAGCAUCAAGGUUUGUAGAUGGCUUAUUUAGGUCUAUUAUAUCACAGGAUAUUAUCUCUCUAUCGAUGUACCCUAUAAUUCCCCUUUCUAAGAAGGCCCAGACUGUACUAAUUGAGAACCUUCAUAUACAGUCUUUGUAUCUGAAGGAACUCACUACAACUGACUUUGUUAAUUCCUGUAUAGAGGAAUUUGUGUAUGCCCUAGCAAAGAGAAGGAGUGGUCUUCUUAGGUGUCUGAAGGGUCUUUCAAUUACUGCUCCAUUUCAUAAGUCUAUGGUUGACUCCAUGCAAAGAAUUACCUUCAAUGGAAUCCAGGAAUUAGUACUGGAUUUUAUCUCUUUAAAUAGCGUAUACCAAAUGGGCAGAUUAAAGAGUAUAACGGAAAUAGUGAACCCAACUACAUUCCCAAUCCUUCAGGAGCUCACAGUAAAGAACUACUUGAUCACACGGGAUGACUUUAAUUUUCUGAAUUUAAGCAUGAAACUAGUACAGAUAAAGUACUACAACUUCUACUGUCCUUCUGGGUCUUCGUAUCGGCCAGAGCAAACAAGUUAUAUUUUCAAGCGCCCUGAGUCCGUUGCAAUGACCUCUGGAAUUGUCUUUAUAGUCUCAGAAAGCACUGUCUAUGAAUGGACUAUGAACCAUUCUACUGCAGCCUUCUCGGAUUGUCUUAUUUGCAAUGAAUCCUUUAAGGAUAAUCCAAAAGAACAAGUUAUCAUUCUUUCCUGUGGCUCAGUAGUCCAUAUAACGUGCAUCAUGGAGAUAUUUGGGAAGAAGAAGAAUCCUUGUUGUCCGUUUUGCAAAAAGAAGGUUCAUUUGAUUAUGGGCUCACCCAUGGCGGUUGAUGUCAUGUUCAAGCCCCCUACUGCAUGCACGGCAUACAAGUCUCUUAGGCAGUAG